CCCGCCCCGUCCGUCGUCCGUCCUCUCCUCCAAAACAAUCAAUCAAUCAAUGCAUGCACAGGGAGGCACAACACAGCUCAGUUGCAGCUGCGCUUCUCUUCACUUCCUCACUCUCCUCCUCCUCCGCUCUCCGCUCCGGCCGGUCCCCUCCCCCUCCGUCUCGUCGCGAUCCACCUGAAAGAUCUCGUUUUGCUCCUCCCGAGCGAGCCGCCUUGACGCCAUGACCUCCAAGCUGCCACCUUUCCAUGUCUUCUCGCUGCUGCUGCUGCUUCUGGUUCUGUCGUCCCAGCUCGCCGCGGCGUUCGGCGUCUGGAUCAACGGCGAUCCGCCUUCGCCGGAUGCGUCGUCGGCGCAGGGCCAGGGCGGUGGGAAGGAGUACGCGGCGCUGCAGGCGGUGAGGGCGGCCGUGGUCGAGGACCCGCGGGGCGCGCUGGCGUCGUGGCAGGGGCCCAACGUGUGCGCGUACAAGGGGGUGUACUGCUCGGCGCCGCCCGACGACGCGGCGGCGGCGGCGGGGGCGCGGGCGGUGGUCGCCGGCAUUGACCUCAACCGCGCCAGCCUCAGGGGGACGCUCCCGGCCGCCGUCUCCCUCCUCGCCCACCUCACGUUCCUCCACCUCAACAGCAACCGCCUCUCCGGCGCCGUCCCCGACUCGCUCCGCGACCUCCAGUACCUCACCGAGCUCGACCUCAGCAACAACCUCUUCUCCGGGCCGUUCCCGGCGGCGACGCUGCUCAUCCCGUCGCUCGUCUACCUCGACCUUCGCUUCAACGCCUUCUCCGGCCAGGUCCCCGCCGAGGCCUUCGCCAAGAACCUGGACGCGCUCUUCCUCAACAACAACCAGUUCGACGGCCAGAUCCCGGAGACGCUCUGGUCGUCUCCGGCAACGGUCAUCACGCUGGCCAACAACCGCCUCACCGGCCCCGUCCCGACGGCGUACGGCUACGGCGCCGGCGGCCGGGUCCGGGAGGUGCUGUUCCUGAACAACAAGCUCACCGGCUGCAUCCCGGAGGAGCUGGGGUUCCUCCCCAACAUCGAGGUGCUCGACCUCAGCUACAACUCGCUCUCCGGCCACCUCCCCACCACGCUCUCCUGCCUCUCCGGCAUCGAGGUGCUCAACAUCGCGCACAACCAGUUUACCGGCGAGCUGCCGGACCUCGUCUGCGACCUCAAGCGGAUCACCAACCUCUCCGUCUCCUUCAACUUCUUCUCCGGCAUCAGCCAGCACUGCGACCGCCUCGCCGGCCGCAGCGUGUUCGACUUCGUCGGCAACUGCAUCCCGGGGCGGGGCCUGCAGCGCCCGCCGCCGGAGUGCGACGGCGCGCCGGGCGACGCCGGGCUCAGCUGCCUGCGCAUCCCCGUCGCCCGCCCCGUCCCUUGCACCACCCAGGCCUCCGUCUCCGUCGGCGUCGGCGUCACCGUGGGUGGCUCAUUACCGUCGUUCGGCGCCGGCGGCGUGGUCACCGUCACCGUCCCCUGAAAAACAAACAAACAAACAAACGAUCGAUCAACCAAUCGAUCGCGCGUCUUGUAUUUUUUCCCUCCCUUUUUUUGUCACGAAAAUUAAUCCCAUGGACCAUAAAUUAGC